GACAGGGCGGCCGUGGGGGUGCGCCCGGCCAUGCCCGGUGUCGUGGCCUGAGCCUCUCCACCCGCCACAACAUGAAGGACAGCGGGGACUCCAAGGACCAGCAACUCACGGUGGCUCUGCGGAUCAGACCCAUCAGCGUGGCGGAGCUGGAGGAAGGCGCCACCCUCAUCGCCCAUAAAGUGGAUGAGCAGAUGGUGGUUCUCAUGGAUCCCAUGGAGGACCCGGACGACAUCCUGCGGGCCCACCGCUCCCGGGAGAAGUCCUACCUGUUUGACAUGGCCUUUGACUUCACUGCCACCCAGGAGAUGGUGUAUCAGGCCACCACCAAGAGCCUCAUUGAAGGCGUCAUCUCAGGCUACAAUGCCACUGUCUUUGCCUACGGCCCCACCGGCUGUGGGAAAACCUACACCAUGCUGGGCACAGACCACGAGCCAGGCAUCUACGUCCGGACACUCAAUGACCUCUUCCGUGCCAUCGAGGAGACCAGCAACGACAUGGAGUAUGAGGUGUCCAUGUCCUACCUGGAGAUCUACAACGAGAUGAUCCGGGACCUGCUGAACCCCGCCCUGGGGUACCUAGAGCUAAGGGAGGACUCCAAGGGAGUGAUCCAGGUAGCCGGGAUCACCGAGGUCUCCACCAUCAAUGCCAAAGAGAUCAUGCAGUUGCUGAUGAAGGGGAACCGGCAGAGGACGCAGGAGCCCACGGCUGCCAACCAGACAUCAUCGCGCUCCCACGCCGUGCUCCAGGUGGCCGUGCGCCAGCGCAGCCGCAUCAAGAACAUUCUGCAGGAGGUGCGGCAGGGCCGCCUCUUCAUGAUUGACCUGGCCGGCUCGGAGCGCGCCUCCCAGACCCAGAACCGGGGGCAGCGCAUGAAGGAAGGCGCCCACAUCAACCGCUCCCUGCUGGCCCUGGGCAACUGCAUCAACGCACUGAGUGACAAGGGUAGCAACAAGUACAUCAACUACCGUGACAGCAAGCUGACCCGGCUCCUGAAGGACUCCCUGGGGGGAAACAGCCGCACGGUGAUGAUCGCCCACAUCAGCCCAGCGAGCAGCGCCUUCGAGGAGUCCCGGAACACCCUGACCUACGCCGGCCGGGCUAAGAACAUUAAGACCAGGGUAAAGCAGAACUUGCUCAGCGUCUCCUACCACAUUGCCCAGUACACCAGCAUCAUUGCUGACCUGCGAGGCGAGAUCCAGAGGCUCAAACGCAAGAUUGAUGAGCAGGGAGGCCGGGGCCAGGCCCGGGGCCCGCUGGACCGGGGCGACAUCCGCCACAUCCAAGCCGAGGUCCAGCCGCACGGCGGGCAGGGGGAGCAGGCCGAGAUGGCCCAGCUACGAGAGCAGCUCCUCAGUGCCUUCCAGGAGCAGAUGGACGUGCGGCGAUGCCUGCUGGAGCUGGAGAACCACGCCAUGGAGGUCCAGGUUGACACCUCCCGCCACCUGCUCACCAUCGCAGGCUGGGAACACGAAAAGUCUCGCCGGGCCCUCAAGUGGCAGGAGGAGCAGCGGAAGGAGUCACUCACCAAAGACGACAGUGAGAAGGACUCAGACACAGGCGACGACCAGCCCGACAGCCUGGAGCCGCCAGAGGUGGCCUCCGCCCGGGAGAACAUCGCCGCCCUGUUGGGUGAGCAGAAGAAGCUGCACGAGGAGAAGCUGGCGCUGGAGCAGCGCUGUCGCGAGCUGCGCGCGCGGGGCCGGCGCCUGGAGGAGACGCUCCCGCAGCGCAUCGGCUCGGAGGAACAGCGCGAGGUGCUCAGCCUGCUGUGCCGGGUGCACGAGCUCCAGGUGGAGAACACCGAGAUGCAGUCGCACGCGCUGCUCCGCGACGGCGCGCUCCGCCACCGCCGCGAGGCCGUGCGCCGCCUGGAGCAGCACCGCAGCCUCUGCGACCAGAUCAUCCAGGGCCAGCGGCAACUCAUUGACGACUACAGCCUAGCCAUCCCUCAGCACCUGGAGGAGCUCUACGAGGUGUACCAGCGGGAGCUGGAGGAGGGCAGCCUGGAGCGGGCCACCAUCAUGGACCGCGUGGCCUCCAGGGCCUUGCAGGACAGCUCCUUGCCCCAAAUUGCCCCAGCAGGAGCCACGCUCACCCCGGACUCUGAUUUGGAGAGCGUGCAGACCCUGAACUCUGAGGCCCAGCGCCUGCAGAACAGUGUCCUCCCCCCGCUCAGCACAGAGAGUGAAGCCAACCACGUGUUCAAGGCCAGUCCCCGGGCCUGGCAGGUGAAGGGCUCCUCUGUGCCCACCCCGCCCCCCAUCCACAUCAGUGGCCUGUUGACCCAGGAGGCCCCCGCUCUGGACAGCCUGGUCAACUCUUCCCCUGACAGCAGCGAGAAUCUGUCGGAGAAACCCUUGUCCUAUAAAGAGCGGAAGGAGAUUCUCACCGGCACCAAGUGCAUUUCGGUGAAGGCAGCGCGGCGGCGCUCGCGGGCCCUCGGCGCUGACGGGCGCCCCCUGCUGGCGCCCGCGGCCGAGCGCAGCAGCCUGUCCCUGCAGUCGCUGAGCGAGGCCGAUGAUGCGCCGCCGCCCAGCCCCGCGCUGCAGCAUGCGGUCAGCGAGGACAACCUGUCCAGCAGCACGAGCGAGGCCCCAGUCCAGGCGGCGGGGCAGCGCGGCGAUGGCCCUGGGCCUUGGCUGCGCGGCCAGAAGAAAAGCUCUCGCAAAAAACAGGACUCGUUGGAGGUCAAGAGAAGAAAGCGGAGGUCCCGGUCCUUCGAGGUCACAGGGCAGGGGCUGUCCUGCCCCAAGAACCAUCUCUUGGGGCCCCGUCCUGUUGAGAAUGCCUCAGACCACAGGAUGCCAGUCUACGGGCACCCUGCUCCUGGUAUCGGGCACCCUGCUCCUGGUAUCGGGCACCCUGCUCCUGGUAUCCGGCACCCGGGGAAGAUCAUGCUUCCUUUGGCCAAAGUCAAACUCCCUCCAAGCCAGAAUCCCGGCCCUGGGGACCCCUCACCCCUUCCUGUUCCCCCCAACCCAGCUGGCGUUUCCCGACGGGCUACCCGAGGGCCCUGGCUGCCCCACGGGACGGGCACCCACGGCAAAGAUGGACGUUUCCGGCGUAACUGA